CGUGCGCGUUCUGGAGGAGGCGCUGCCGCCGCUCCCGAGGCCGCCGCCGCCGCCGCUACCGCUGCUGUCGCCGCGCAGAGCCGGAGCAGGAGCCACGGCCGAGAGGAGGGAGGAGGAGGAGGAGGAGGUGGAGGAGGUGGAGGAGGUGGAGGAGGCGCCGGACCGGGGGGAUCGUCAGUAUUUAAACAGAUCACAUCAUGCACAGUUCAGUUUGUUCAGGGAAUUUUUGUUGAAAAAUAUGACCCAACGAUAGAAGAUUCCUACAGAAAGCAAGUUGAAGUCGAUUGCCAACAGUGUAUGCUCGAAAUCCUGGAUACUGCAGGGACAGAGCAAUUUACAGCAAUGAGAGAUUUGUAUAUGAAGAACGGCCAAGGUUUUGCACUAGUAUAUUCUAUUACAGCUCAGUCCACGUUUAACGACUUACAGGACCUGAGGGAACAGAUUUUACGGGUUAAGGACACGGAAGAUGUUCCAAUGAUUUUGGUUGGCAAUAAAUGUGACCUGGAAGAUGAGCGAGUAGUUGGCAAAGAGCAGGGCCAGAAUUUAGCAAGACAGUGGUGUAACUGUGCCUUUUUAGAAUCUUCUGCAAAGUCAAAGAUCAAUGUUAAUGAGAUAUUUUAUGACCUGGUCAGACAGAUAAAUAGGAAAACACCAGUGGAAAAGAAGAAGCCUAAAAAGAAAUCAUGUCUGCUGCUCUAGGCCCAUAGUCAGCAGCAGCUCUGAGCCAGAUUACAGGAAUGAAGAACUGUUGCCUAAUUGGAAAGUGCCAGCAUUCCAGACUUCAAAAAUAAAAAAUCUGAAGAGGCUUCUCCUGUUUUAUAUAUUAUGUGAAGAAUUUAGAUCUUAUAUUGGUUUGCACAAGUUCCCUGGAGAAAAAAAUUGCUCUGUGUAUAUCUCUUGGAAAAUAAGACAAUAGUAUUUCUCCUUUGCAAUAGCAGUUAUAACAGAUGUGAAAAUAUACUUGACUCUAAUAUGAUUAUACAAAAGAGCAUGGAUGCAUUUCAAAUGUUAGAUAUUGCUACUAUAAUCAAAUGAUUUCAUAUUGAUCUUUUUAUCAUGAUCCUCCCUAUCAAGCACUAAAAAGUUGAACCAUUAUACUUUAUAUCUGUAAUGAUACUGAUUAUGAAAUGUCCCCUCAAACUCAUUGCAGCAGAUAACUUUUUUGAGUCAUUGACUUCAUUUUAUAUUUAAAAAAUUAUGGAAUAUCAUCUGUCAUUAUAUUCUAAUUAAAAUUGUGCAUAAUGCUUUGGAAAAAUGGGUCUUUUAUAGGAAAAAAACUGGGAUAACUGAUUUCUAUGGCUUUCAAAGCUAAAAUAUAUAAUAUACUAAACCAACUCUAAUAUUGCUUCUUGUGUUUUACUGUCAGAUUAAAUUACAGCUUUUAUGGAUGAUUAAAUUUUAGUACAUUUUCA